ACACGAGCACAAAUUUCUCCGUGUAAAGAAAAAUUUCUAGAGCUAGAUGAAGCCAUGAAAAAAAUUAAAGACAGGGAAAUAACAUUAAGAGAAGCCGCAGGACACGGAAUAGCUGGUCAUCAAGGAUUUAAUCGAUGCAACUGCAAAAUUGGUUGUGGUACUAAAAAAUGUGCUUGCAAUGCAGCGGAAAUGUUGUGCAGUUCAAAAUGUCAUGGAAACCAAAAUUGUCACAAUAAAUCAUUAUUAUAAAUAGUACCUAUAGUAAAACAAUCAGUGUAUUAUUUGAGAUUUAUCAUCAUUUACCACUAGUUUUGGUAAAUGACAUCAAUGACCGGUGAAAGAUGUACAUUUGAAUUUAAAAUCUGGUUUUUUACAUCAUUUACCUAUAUAAUCGAAUCAUUUUGGUAAAAGACGUCAUCCACCGGAGAAUGACGACAUUCACCAAUAUUCAU